AUGAACACGCAUGUCCGUGUCAAGCGCUGCUUUCGAAAGGCAGUGUAUGUUAUUCUUAUUACAACCUUUGUUGACCCAGAAGUUGGCAGAGUGGGAGAGACUACACUGGCACAUAUCAUAGCCAAUAGCAGCAAAAAGAAUGGCACGAGGUUUGUGACACUAUCGGCCACAAGUGCCAAGACAAAUGAUGUUCGAGAUGUCAUCAGCCAAGCCCAGAAUGAAAAAAGACUCUUCAAGAGAAAAACCAUCCUCUUUAUUGAUGAGAUCCAUCGUUUCAAUAAAUCUCAGCAGGACACUUUCCUUCCUCACGUCGAGUGUGGGACGGUGACCCUGAUAGGAGCGACCACAGAAAACCCUUCCUUCCAAGUCAACGCUGCUCUUCUGAGCCGAUGCCGGGUGAUUGUCCUGGAGAAGCUCUCGGUUGAAGCGAUGGAGGCAAUUCUGAUGCGGGCCGUCAGGUCUUUAGGGGUCCAGGUUUUGGGCCAGGGUGACCAGCACGGCAGCUCUGCGACUGGCAGCAGCAGCGAGAGCUCAGAGUUCCCGGUGUACAUAGAGGAGAAAGCUCUAAAUACGCUAGCCUACCUUUGCGAUGGUGAUGCAAGGACUGGACUGAAUGGACUCCAGUUGGCAAUUCAGGCCAGAUUAGCAGUGGGGAAGACCACUCCUUUGAGCAUUACUGAAGGUGGUUCUGCAGAUGGCAUUCUGAUAACAGAAGAGCACGUAAAGGAAGGGCUACAGCGAUCUCACAUCCUAUAUGACCGAGCAGGAGAAGAACAUUACAAUUGCAUCUCUGCCCUGCAUAAGUCCAUGAGAGGCUCAGAUGAAAACGCUUCUCUUUACUGGCUUGCUCGAAUGCUUGAAGGUGGUGAGGAUCCACUCUAUGUGGCAAGGAGGCUGGUGAGGUUUGCAAGUGAAGAUAUAGGGCUGGCAGAUCCUUUGGCUUUAACACAAGCAGUUGCUGCUUAUCAAGGUUGUCACUUUAUUGGAAUGCCAGAAUGUGAGGUCAUUCUAGCACAAUGUGUAGUGUACUUUGCCAGAGCACCAAAGUCUAUAGAGGUAUACAGGGCGUAUAGCAAUGUCAAAGAAUGUCUGAGAAUGCACACGGGACCUCUGCCGCCUGUUCCGCUGCACCUGAGAAAUGCCCCAACAAGGCUCAUGAAGAAUUUGGGCUAUGGUAAAGGCUAUAAAUAUAACCCCAUGUACAAGGAGCCUGUAGAGCAGGACUAUCUACCAGAAGAGUUGAAAGGAACAGAUUUCUUUAAGGAACGAAAAACGUGACUGCCUUGCUCGAAAUGGGUUUUGAUUUUAUGACUCGUACGUUUGUCCUGGGAUGGAAAUUCCCCUUACAGUUUCAGCCACCUAUUACUGUGGUUGAAAGUAUUAAACCACUGAGCUUUUC